CCAGCAGCCGUCGCCUGCGCUGCGGAGCGCAGUGAGCGCCGCCUCCUAGGGGCGCCCGGCGCCGGAGCCAUGACCCUCCGCCGACUUAGGAAGCUGCAGCAGAAAGAGGAGGCGACUGCCGCCCCGGACCCUGCUGCCCGGGUUCCGGACUCGGAAGCCGCUCCAGCUCCGACCCCGGCCUCGGGUCCGCCGGCUGCAGCCGCCAACCCGGGACCCCCAGGGGACGAGCUUUACGCGGCGCUGGAGGACUAUCACCCCGCCGAGCUGUACCGCGCUCUCGCCGUGUCCGGGGGCACCCUGCCCCGCCGGAAGGGCUCAGGAUUCCGCUGGAAGAAUCUCAGCCAGAGUCCUGAACAACAACGGAAAGUAUUGACUUUGGAGAAGGAGGACAACCAGACUUUUGGCUUUGAGAUCCAGACUUAUGGACUUCACCACCGAGAGGAGCAGCGUGUGGAGAUGGUGACUUUUGUCUGCAGAGUUCAUGAGUCCAGCCCUGCCCAGCUGGCUGGGCUCACACCAGGUGACACCAUUGCCAGCGUCAAUGGCCUGAAUGUGGAAGGCAUCCGGCAUCGAGAGAUCGUUGACAUCAUCAAGGCAUCAGGCAACGUUCUCAGACUGGAGACUCUGUAUGGGACAUCAAUUCGGAAGGCAGAACUGGAGGCCCGACUGCAGUACCUGAAGCAAACCCUGUAUGAGAAGUGGGGCGAAUACAGAUCCCUAAUGGUUCAGGAGCAGCGGCUGGUGCAUGGCCUGGUGGUGAAGGACCCCAGCAUCUAUGACACCCUGGAGUCCGUGCGCUCCUGCCUCUACGGGGCAGGCCUGCUCCCAGGCUCUCUGCCCUUUGGGCCUCUGCUGGCUGCGCCUGGGGGUCCUCGCGGGGGCGCCCAAAAAGCCCCGGGUAACACCGACGAUGCUGUCUAUCACACCUGCUUCUUUCGGGGCGCAGAGCCGCCCGCGUUGCUGCCGCCCCCGCUGCCUCCCGCGCGUCCCCCUGGCUCGGCCGAGGCUUUGCUGCCCGGGCCGCGAGCUGCGCUGACCCGCAGCGCCAGUGUGCGGUGCGCUCUGGGCUCCGGCGGGGGCUCCCCGGGCGCGCUCUGGACUGAAGCCCGCGAGCAGGCCCUGUGCGGCCCGGGCCUGCGCAAGACCAAGUACCGCAGCUUCCGCCGGCGGCUGCUCAAGUUCAUCCCCGGACUCAACCGCUCCCUGGAAGAGGAGGAGAGCCAGCUGUAGGGGCGAGGUGGGCAGGGAGGUAUUUAUUUAUUUAUUCCUAGCAGCCAGUGCAAAGAGUGUGGGUGAGAGUGCCGACCCCGGACAGCAGGACCGCAGGGCCCCAGGAGCCCGGAGCAGCGGGAGAGGCUCCUGGCGGGCCCUUGCUGCCUACUUAGAAUCCUUCUCUCCUGAACUAAGAGGCGCUGGGGCUGGGAGCCAACAGGCAGUCCGGGCUGGGAGUGGUCUGGGGGUCAAAGAUGGGCGUGCUAUCCUAGUCUGGGUCAGUAGUGCCUUGUGGGCGUCCCGGAACCCUGCACACCCAGGGUGGGGGGACCUGUCCCACGAAGCCCUCUUCCUCAGCUUUCCUAGCUCCUCCACCCUUAGGCCCGGGGAACAUGGCAGACUGCUGGUCGUUCGUUCUCCACAGCCCACACAGCUCCGUUGGCCCCAAGGGGACAAGGUGCUGGGCCCCUCCCCCAGCCUUGACCCUUAAGGGCUUGGCUCCUCCCAGGGGCCUGCAACUAAAUGGGUUCCUGCUGGGCGGGGUCCUGGGUUCUGUGCCCCUUGGGGAACAGGAAUGGGCAUGUUCAGGUAGGGUAGAGGCAGCACAGACUGCUCUGCCAUUUUGCAUUUGUUGCUUCUGAACCACAAAGUGUAUAAAAUUGACGGU